AUGGAAGGUAUGGAGAAUCGACCGGAGAGUAAAGCUGAUGACGAAGAGACAACGCCGAGGUUCUUUAACAGGAAUGGUGGUGGUGGAGGCGGCGGUGGGAUCUGGAUUCGGAUACCGACGGGAGUGAGCAUUGCCGAUUGGUCCGAGAUUACCCGACUUGGUCGUGUUGUCGGGACAGGAUUGAAUUACGGACGUAGGGUUCUCUGGGGAGAUGAUGAGAGAGAAGGGAAACAAGGGAGUGAGAUUAUGAUGAUGAUUCAACUGGGGAGAUAG